AUGAGUGUGAAGAUUUCGGUCCCCGGCCUAGAGGAUGCUAUGCCUGGCACUCAAUUGCUUGUUUGUGGCCCCGAUGACGACCUUGAAGAGCUCAAAGAGGAAGUGGGUAGAGGUAUCGAAUGCAUCCUGAAUGGCUUUGAGAAAGAAGCAGCUGGCGUUUACGUCAAGGCCAGCACUCUGGGCUCUUUGGAGGCUUUGCUUGAAUUUCUGCAGCAAGAGAAGAUUAAGAUCCCCGUUUUCGAUGUGGGAAUCGGUGAAGUUCGCAAAAAGGACGUCACGAAGGCUUGCAUCAUGAAGGAGAAGCAUCCAGAAUAUGCCAUGAUCUUGGCAUUUGAUGUCAAGGUGAAUCAGGAAGCCCAGAAGGAGGCAGAUACUAAUGGUGUGACCAUUUUCAGCUCGGACAUUAUCUUCCAUUUGCGGGACAAGAUCACAACGCACAUGGAGAAGUUCCGAGAAGCACAGAAGGCUGAGUCACGCAAAGCCGUUGUCUUCCCUGCUGAGCUGCAGAUUGACAAGCAGAACAUUUUCCGGAAGCAGGAUCCAAUCCUUCUGAGAUGUGAGGUGCUUCGUGGUCAGAUCCGGGUCGGAACACCGAUAUGCGCCCCCGACAAAGACAAUCUGCUGAUAGGUUAUGUGGCUAGCAUCCAGAACAACAACGGGAAAUUAGUUACAGUGGCUCGCCAAGGAGACAUUGUAUGUGUAAAGAUCGAACAGAACGAAGCUCAAAAACACAUCAUGUACGGACGGCACUUUGAUCACACCAACAAGUUGUGUUCCAAGAUCACCAGGCAGAGCAUUGACGCUUUGAAGCAACAUUUCAGGGAUGAGAUGAGAGAGGAUGACUGGCAGCUGGUGGUGAAAUUGAAGAACGUCUUCAAGAUCAAGUCUAAAUGA